CAGUCCAGCCUUUACCGCAGACCUGCAGUCACCGUUACCGCAGCAUCCGUCUAAACUGCCUUCAAAUCCAGCCAUACACAGCACUUUUCCUCACUUUCAUACACCUAACCUUGACAUUCUCCUCAAAUAUAACUGUGAUUAUCUGCGGGGACUGACCGCUGACCGUGUGGGAUAAAAAUUUUUUUAACCGUGACUACGGCUUCGCUAAUUCACAGCAUCGGGUUUCUGCGCCAAGAAACGAUGUGGACACCGAACCGCUGGUGAAAGAUCUCAAUAGUUUGGCUGCACACGGAUUCACUGGACAUGCUGUGCUUCGGAGGGACAAGAAGAGACACUAAAUAAAAAAGGACGAAAGAGUCGAGAGAGAGCAGAAGGUAGACCGCAGCCGCUAUCAUGUCUCGCCAUCACAGCCGAGCCACCAGCUUUGAGGAGAAGGGAACCACGCCCAUCCACAAAAGCUCCACCCCCUUACACAAAAGCUCCACCCCGACUCACAAGAGCGCAUCCUCAUCCUCUUCCUCUCAGAGAGACAGUCGACAGGAGACGGAUAGUUGGGAAAUCAUUGAGGGGCUGAAGAUUGGGCAAACUCAUGUCCAAAGGCCAGAGAAGCAUGAGGGUUUUAUGCUGAAGAAGAGGAAAUGGCCCCUGAAGGGCUGGCACAAGCGAUUUUUCGUUCUAGAUAACGGGAUCCUGAAAUACUCCAAAUCUCCUGUAGAUAUUCAGAAAGGAAAGCUUCAUGGCAGUAUAGAUGUGGGUCUGUCUGUGAUGUCCGUGAAGAAAAGAGCUCGCCGCAUAGAUCUGGACACAGAAGAGCACAUUUACCAUCUGAAGGUGAAGUCUCCAGAUGUUUUUGACAUCUGGGUGUGCAAGUUGCGUAACCAUCGUUUGUUCCGUCAGAACGAGAUCGUUCGUUCUCCUCGUGAUGCUACGCUACGGACGUUCCCUCCGUCUGCCGCCGCAGAGUCACCCCAAAACACCCCUUCCAGCACACACCAAAACAAGCAGGGUAAACCCAGCAGUCUGCCCUGGCACCUGCCACCAUCCUGUAGUAAUGGACAGAGUAAAGUGGCGGCCUGGUUAAAGGAGUCAGAGGAGAUGGACAAAUGUGCAGAAGAACUCGCCUACUGCCAGUCUAGUCUUUUAGAAUUGAGUCAACUGCUACAAAGUCUGGAGAUCUUACAAAGGACACAGUCAGCUCCCAACUUCACUGACAUGCAGAGUAACUGUGUAGAUUUGACAAAGAAAGAAAAGCGUGUCAGCAGAAGAUGGAGGACUAAAAGUGUCAGCAAAGAUGCAAAAUUGCAACAGCAGGUCCAGUCACUUUCCCAGUCACACAGUGCUAAAGUUCCCCUGAGUGCAAGUAUGUCUCAAGUGCGUCUCCACUCCUCUAAUCCCAACCUAUGUGCGGAGUUGGCUGAUUUUCAAACCCCUGUCACACGUCUGACUGACAGCAUCGACAGCGCCAGUGACUACAUCAAACUGCAGGAAGAUUUCUGCAUCAUUGCACAGAAAGUGCACUCUCUUCUGAAGUCUGCCUUCAACACAGUGGCCAUAGAGAAAGAGAAGAUUAAACAGGUAUUGACGGAACAGGAGCAAACCGGCCAAUCAAAUCAGAUUUUGACCCUCCACCGCUCCCUGUCACAGGCCUUGUCCCAGAAUGCUGAGCUGAAGACCCGUCUGAACCGGAUCCACUCUGAGUCGGUUCUGUCUGACCAGGUCGUCAGUGUCAACAUCAUCAGCAGUCCCGACGAGGCAGGUGAGCCGCUCUGCGUGGGCAUCCCUCUCUCUCAGCAGGUGUCCAAUGAGAGCAGACUCUCCAUGUCAGAGUCAGUGUCUGAGUUCUUCGACGCUCAAGAGGUGCUUCUGUCCGCCAGUUCAUCAGAGAACGAGGCCUCUGAUGAUGAGUCUUACGUCAGCGAUGUGAGUGAUAACAUUUCAGAGGACAACGCCAGCGUCACAGAUAACGUUUCCAGACAGAUGCCUAAUGGUGAUCUGUCCAGUGGUGCGUUCCGUAACGGCAGACGUACGUGUCUCCCUGCUCCCGCUCCUGACACAUCCAACAUUAACCUGUGGAACAUCCUGAAGAACAACAUCGGGAAAGACCUGUCGAAGGUGUCCAUGCCAGUGGAGCUGAACGAGCCCCUGAACACACUGCAGCACAUGUGUGAGGAGCUGGAGUACACAGAGCUGCUGGAUAAAGCAGCCCAAACUGACGACCCCUAUGAACGCAUGGCGAUCGUUGCAGCGUUUGCAGUUUCAGGAUACUCCUCCACCUAUUAUAGAGCAGGCAGUAAACCCUUUAACCCUCUUCUAGGAGAAACAUAUGAAUGUAUCCGUGAAGACAAAGGAUUCUGCUUCUUUUCUGAACAGGUGAGCCACCAUCCGCCCAUCUCAGCCUGUCACUGUGAGUCACAGAACUUCACCUUCUGGCAGGACGUCAGAUGGAAGAAUAAGUUUUGGGGGAAGUCCAUGGAGAUUCUUCCCAUCGGAACAGUGAAUGUCAUGCUGCCCAGUUAUGGUGAUCACUAUGAGUGGAACAAGGUGACGACGUGCGUCCACAACAUUCUGAGCGGGAGACGAUGGAUCGAGCAUUAUGGCGAGGUCACGAUCAAAAACACUCGCAACCCUACCUGCAUCUGCAAGCUCACCUUUAUUAAGGGAAACUACUGGAGCUCGAAUGUGAAUGAGGUGCAAGGAUCUGUCAUGGACCUGGAGGGGAAAGUCAUUCACAGACUGUUUGGGAAAUGGCAUGAGGGUCUGUACUGUGGAGUCCCACCUUCAGCUAAAUGCAUCUGGAGACCAGGGUCCAUGCCCACAGAUUAUGAGCUGUACUACGGCUUCAGCAGGUUUGCUGUAGAGCUCAAUGAGCUCUUCCCUGAGCUGAAGGAGCUGCUGCCACCAACAGAUGCUCGAUUCAGACCGGACCAGAGGUAUCUGGAGGAAGGAAACGUCCAGAUGGCAGCAGCUGAGAAACAAAGAAUCGAAGAGCAGCAGAGAAACAAGAGGAAGUGGCUGGAGGAGAACAACAUCAAGUACCAGCCACGAUUUUUUAAGAAGGUUAUGGACAGUAACCAGAGGGAGAGAUGGGUGUCUAACAACACAUACUGGGAGCUGCGCAAGGACCCUGGCUUCCUCAAACUAGAAAACCCUCAGCUGUGGUAGAUCCAGACGCCUGUGCUGAUGACGCCUUCACUGCUGACUGCAGAUGCUUACUAUGCAGAACAGGAGCAGCCUGGGACUUCCCUCUAGAUUUGGAUUUUAUCUCCAGAAAUGGACUGAAGGUCUGAAAAAAAGACUUUCCACAUCACUUCGGCAGGCUCCGCCUCCAUAUUCUCCCUCUCCAUAGUAACAGAGAGAGAGAGAGUGCUGUUGUCAGGGCAACAGUGAGAGCUGGAGAGCUGUCCACAUGAAGCCAGUUGUGCUUCCUGUUAUGUCCUUGCCUUAAGAAGUCGCUUCUCAACAACAAAGUUUUACGCUUUUAGUGAAAUUCCCUCAACUUCUCGGUUUAGAUGAAUUGAAUUUGCUCUUGGUUACAUUCUGCAUGUGUAGAUGGCAGCUUUUCUCUGCAAUAUGUUACACAAACUACAUUUAGACAAUUUUAGUGGUAUUUUUGUAAACGACCAAAAGGACAGAAUUGCAUUGGCGUUAAAGCUGUGCCGUGAUCGAUCCGUUUCAUUAAUGAAGUCAACAUGUCCCUCCUCAUGUUCAAAGGCAGCCGUCAGAGGGGCGGAUCAAUGUUCACCAUGUGCUGAACUGGGACCAUUUUAUAUCCCACCUUUCAAAUCCUUCCAAAGAAUCAAGGCUGAAAGAGAUUUCCUGUACGCAACCUGCAACACUGUGCAGCAAGACCACAAGACGCCCUCAUGGACUCCUGUAUCUCUGUAGCUGCAGUUGUACAUUAGCACUCUUAAUUUAAAGACAAAGCGUGACAUCUAGCGGCACCAAACCAAAUUCAAGAAGUGAUUUUUUUUCCAGACAGAUUCCACAGGCCCUCUCUAUCUUCAGAAAAACGAGUCAAUGCCCUGAUAAACAGAUUAUUACUGGUCGUUCCACCCCUAAACUUACGCCACUGGUUGAGUCAGAAGUCGUGCAUACGCUACAUUUAAAGAGAUAGUUCACCCAAAAAUGAAAAUACUGUCAUCAUGUCGAACCUGUACGACUUUCACUAAUCUUCGAAACACAAAUUAAGAUAAUGAAAGCUAAGAGGUUUCGUCCCUCCAUUGAAAGUCCAGGUAAUCAAAAUGUAAAAGAUCCAAAAAGGUUAUAAAAUGAAUCCAUAUGAACUGAUCGCUUUCUAUGAUGAACAGAUUUAAUUUAGGCUUUUAUUCACAUCUAAACAAUGAUUGACACACAUGUAUAGAGCACAUCAAAUAUGGUAAACGCCGAAGCUGACGCACGAGAACCAAUGAGGUUUGUUCUAGCAAUAACCAAAAAUGAGGAGAUCCAAAAAGGUCAUAAAGGCGUAGUAAAAAUAAUCCAUAUAAAUUGAUUGGUUUAAUCCAAGUCUUCUGAAGAGAUAUGAUCACUUUUAUGAUGCCUUUAUGACUCCUCAUAGGGACAGAAACUUCUGAGGUUUCAUUAAAAAUAUCUUCAUUUGCAUUUCAAAGGUGAACCAAAGUCUCAUGGGUUUGGAACAACAUGAGGGUGAGUAAAUGAUUUUUCAUUUUUAGUUGAACUAUCCCUAUAACGCACCAAUGACCAGCAGACAUAUACACUGCACAAGUGUACACUGUAUUUUCCCUUGACUCACUGAUCUAAACAUGAACUUCACAACAUGAGCGGCAGGGGCCUCUGCUGGCCUUUCAGUGCUACUGCAUACUACAUACUUCAGCACUCCACAAUCUCCAUUUGCAGCAACAACCUGAGCAAUGUGUGGAAUGGAAGACUAUCAUAUACACUGCGCAGUAUGCUAUAAUAUUUCAUGUAGUGUGCUACAUUUGCACAUGACCUCACCUCUUGUUUAAUUCAGUUAAGUCCAGUUUUCAUCUCGGAUAUAAAUGUUAUAUUUUGAAUUAAAAUUCAAGGAGAUGUUAAAAAUCAGGGUUGACGUUUGCAGUUAAUCUGUCACAGAAAUGGCAAGUGAAGUCAGGCGCAAUGCAUUGUGAGGUACACCAUUCUGUGUGCUCGGGUUGCGUACUGCAUUGCUGAAUUCAGAAACGCAUACUACCAUACCACUAUUUUAGGCAUAUAAAGAUGUGGCAGAAUUAGUAAAAGUAGUACGCUAGUAUGCAGUACCGAAUUCCGCACGUGUUUUGCCAAAUGUAGUCAUCAGAUAUUCAGUACAUACUGAAAACUUGCAUGCUGUGCAAACUGCAGAAGUAUGCUGCUGUAGUAUGCCACUCUGAAUAGCAUACUAGCAAAUACUGUUUCUGCUGUAUAAUUGACUCAUUAGUUGAUUAAUCUUCUAAAAGUUAAGAUAUUUAGAAAAAAUAUCAUUUUUAUUGCCAAGAUGAAAAUAAGAUACCACUUCCUGAACUAAACAUGCUAAGUUAAAUCAUGUGGGCAGAAUACGUUUUGAAAUGUUUAACAUUGCACAAUGCAGUGUUUUUUCCACACUAUUUUUAAAGUAGACAGUGUAGUAUGCAGUAUGUAGUACACUAGUAUUCUAGUGUGAACGGCCAUGUUUUCACACGUGAUCUGGGCUGAACCUCAUUCAUCAAACAAACAUUCAAACAAAAUCAUUUAUACGUAAUUUGUUUUUAAUUUCUUGUAAAGAGAGAUUUUUAUUUUAUUUCCGUAGAUUGAAUUGUCAGUAGAUUUAAAAAGAAAAAUCCAAAAACAGUGUAGUGGCAGUGACAGAGAUGGUCUCUGCCAUUAGUAGAGCCGUAUGUCACUGUUCGAGUUCUUCACUGUGCCUUAAUGCAUAUGAAACCAUAUCAACACACUCAACUGAGCACAGUCCACACACACACACACACACACACACUUCAUGUUCUGCACACCGAUGCACCCUGCAGGCCCAACCACACUGUAACACAGAGCUCCAUUCAAGACUGCUGGAUAUGAGCGGCUGCGGUCUGAGACGUGAAAAGGACGAGGCCUGAAACAUAGAUGUGCAUCUACAAGACUAUGUAAUGAGUUCAAAUAUUGCAGAUACUUUGUGAUCCUUGUGUUUUCUGUUAAGUGGACGUUGAGAUGCUUCUUGAAACAGUCUUGACUGUCGUCAAGAGUUCAUCCGACUGAAUGUUUCUGAAGCUUACAGAGUUUAUUUUAGAUUUAUCAAGCCUAAAAUGGGGAAAAACAUAACUUCCUGGUCCUGUCGAGUUGCUCUUAGAGAAGGACACUGUAGUGAGUGCAUCUGCUGUUAGUUUCUCACCAUUGCAUGAAAACAUGUCACGGCCUGCCAAUGAUCUCUGAUGCCUUAUUAAAAUGUUCGUUUCAUUUUUAUCUCAUUAUCUGCUCACUGAGGCUUCCUGCACUGUGUGUGGGAGUUUCAUUCAUGUGUUCAGCUUUCCUCUGAAGUGCAAUUGUACGAUGAUGACAUCUCUCUCCGUUCACAGCUGCUCUGCUGCUGUACAGCUCUGUUUCUCCUGACGUGUCAUUAGGACACUCUCCAGACCUGCUAUUUCACAUUUAAAUACAUAGUAAGAAAUACAUAUUUAUGUUCCAAGUCA